GACCGACAGAACUUGAUCGAAAAUCCAAACCGCGUGUUGUCGUUCGGCUGUGAAACUCGUGCGCUGAUUUUUUUUGUGAAUUUCCUAACAAUUCUGCUGUUUAUUCAGCAUUUUCCGGUUUAAUUUAUUCACUCCAACAAUGAAGCCUAAAAUGGACAGUAAAAAGCUUAAAAGCAAGACCGCCAAGCUGAAAAACAAGGCAACAAAGAAGCGCAAAUUGGAGGAUUUGGAUGCUUCGUCGGACGACGAAGGAAUCCAACUAAAAGAUACCAGGCAGUCGGACGAACCGGUACCCAAAAAGACAAAAUGGGUAAACAAGCAGCGUGUGCUUGUCCUAUGUGCCAGAGGAAUCAAUCAUCGGGAUCGGCACCUGAUGAAGGAUUUGAAAACACUUAUGCCGCACCACCGUUCCGAACCGAAGAUGGAACGCUGGAAGACACUGUCGGUGGUCAACGAGAUGAGUGAAAUGAAGCACUGCAACAAGGUGGUGCUGUUCGAGGGCCGUCGCAAACGGGAUCUGUACAUGUGGUUGGCUAACGUCGAGAAGGGCCCAUCGGUGAAGUUCCUGAUCGAGAACAUCAACACAAUGGGUGAGAUGAAACUGACCGGUAACUGCCUGCGCGGAUCGCGCCCAAUUUUGUCAUUCGAUCAGGAGUUUUCCAAGCAACCGCAUCUAGCCGUAAUCAAGGAACUGCUGACACAGGUCUUCGGUGUCCCUAACCACCACCCGAAGAGCCAGCCCUUCGUCGAUCGCGUAAUCAGCUUCACCCAUUUGGAUAAUCGCAUUUGGUACCGGCACUUCCAGAUUUUGUCGGAAGACGGUGGCCUGGCGGAGGUGGGACCUCGAUUUGUCAUGAAUCCGAUCAAAAUUUUCGAGGGUUCUUUCGAGGGUGACGCGAUAUGGGAAAACGCUGACUAUCAGAGUCCGGCCAAACACCGUCAGCUGCUGCGAAAGGCCGCCAAGGAUAAGUAUCUGAACAAGCAGAAGCAGAAGGUCGACCAGGAAGUCAACGCCCCGAAAGUGACGCACGAUUUCGACAAAUUCGCCGACGUUUUCCAGGGCGAUGACGAAGAGGAACAAGCCAAGGAACUGCUGGAGAAGGAAGAACAGGAAGCAGCGGAGGAUGAAGAGCGGAAGGCGAUCGAGGAACAGCACAAGAGGAUGAAGAAGAAGGACGAAAUUAAGAAACUAAAGCAACUAGCGCAGGCGAAAAAAUCUGGCAAAGCUCUGGCCAAGGGAAAGAAAAAACAGAACACGGCGCUCAAGGCCAAGAAAAAGGGAAAGAGCAAGGUCCAAGCGGAAGAUAGCGACUGAUGACCUUUCGGAUGUUGGAUUUCUUUUCUUUUGAUGUAUGUUACUAAUAUGAGAAAUAUAGAGUACCGUGACAUCACCUAAUUCC